AUGCCAUGUUCCCUGUUCCAUUCUUUUUUUCAUGACCUGCCUUUUUUUUAUUUCACUCUCUUUUCUCGAAAGUUUUUUUUUUCUUCUUUUUUUUUCUUUUUUUUUCUUUUCUUUUCUUUUUUUUCUUGCUUUCUUUUCUUUUCUUUUUUGCUUUCUUUUCUUUUUUCUUUUCUUUUUUGCUUUCUUUUCUUUUUUGCUUUUCUUUUCUUGCUUUCUUUUCAGAUUGAAGUUCGUUCAUCAUUCGAUUUACUUUCUUUCUUUCUUUCUUUUCUCGUUUUGUUCAUAUUUCUGUUUCAUUCAUUCUGUUUUUUUUUUACUUGUUUUGCAUACCACUUUAAUUCACUCUUUCUUUCUUUCUUUCUUUCUUUCUUUCUUUCUUUCUUUCUUUCUUGUAAAUCUUCUCGUCCCAAUCGUUCAUUUCUAUCUUUCUUUCCUCUAGUUUUCUCCCUUUUUAUUCAUAUUUUUUUAUUCAUUCUUUGUUUCUUUCUUUAUUUUUAUUUCUUCAUUCAUGAGUCUUUCCUUUCUUUCACUGAUAUUCUUCCUAUCCCUUGCUCAAGUGUUUUCCUUCUUUUUUUCUAUUUAACUCAGGUCAUUUUCUUCUUUCUUUCUUUCUUUCUUUCUUUCUUUCUUUCUUUCUUUUUUUUUUUUUCAUUUUCCAUCCUCUUUUUUUUCUUUCAUCUUUCUACCUUCAUUUUUAACAUCUACUCACUCUACAGUUCUUUCUUUCUUUCUUUCUUUCUUUCUUUCUUUCUUUUAUUCGUCCUUUGCCUCUAUAUCUCUUUCUUUCUCCAAUAUCGCCAUCCUAUUUUUCCUUCUCUCUUUUUAUUUAUCUCAGGUAAUUUUCUUUCUUUUUUUUUUCUUUUUUUCUUUCUUUCUUUCUUUCUUUCUUUCUUUCUUUUUUUCUUUCUUUCUUUCUUUUUUUCUUUCAAUCUUUCUUUCUUUUCUUUUUCAUUUUUAUUCACUAUUUCUUUCUAUUUAUAUUUGGCUGAACAGUAUUUCUUCAUUUGCAGUGUCACACUAACUUUUCAUUCAUUCUUUCUUUCUUUCUUUCUUUCUUUCUUCUACCCUCUUCCCAUUCCUUUCCCUAGUUACCGUCUUUCUUUCUUUCUUUUUUUCUUUCUAUCUUUCUUUCUUUCUUUCUUUCUUUCUUCUACCCUCUUCCCAUUUCUUUCCCUAGUUACCGUCUUUCUUUCUUCUACCCUCUUCCCAUUCCUUUCCCUAUUUACCGUCUUUCUUUCUUUCUUUCUUUUUUCUUUCUUUCUUUCUUUCUUUCUUUCUUUCUUUCUUUCUUUCUUUCUUCUACCCUCUUCCCAUUCCUUUCCCUACUUACCGUCUUUCUUUCUUUUUUUUUUUUCUUUCUUUCUUUCCUUCUUUCUUUUCUUUUUCUUUCUUUCUUUUUUCUUUCUUUUUUCUUUCUUCUUCCCCUCUUCCCAUUUCCUUUUUUUUUAUACUUUCUGUUUUUUUCUUUCUUUCUUUUUUCUUUUUCUUUUUCCUUUUUUUCUUUUCUUUUUUCUUUUCUUUCUUUCUUUUUUUUUUUAUUGGUUUUUCUUUUUCAUAUUUCUUUUUUUUUUUUCUCUUUCAUUUUCUCUAACUUUUAUUUUCCGUUUUGUUUUUGUUCAAAUUUACCUUCAUUGUUUCUUUUUUAUUAUUUUUUGUUCCUAUUCCUUUCUUUAUUCAUUCCUUUCUUUCUUUUUUUUUUUUCUUUCUUUCUUUCUUUCUUUCCCCUUUCAUUUCCCUACUUAUCGUCUUUCUUUCUUUCUUUCUUUCUUUCUUUCUUUCUUUCUUUCUUUCUUUCUUUCAAUUCUCCUCAUUCCUUUUUACUUUCUUUUUUCUUUCUUUCAUUUCUUUCAUUCUUUUUUCUUUUCUUUCUUUCUUUCUUUCUUUCUUUUCUUCCCAUUCCUUCCAAUACUUACCUUUUUUAAUUACUUUCCAUUUCUUUCUUUCUUUCCUUCUUUACCUUUUAAUUUUCUUUUUUCUUUCUUUUCUUUUCAUUUUCAUUUUCGUACUUUCUUUCUUUCUUUUCCUUUUCCUUACCGUCUUUAUUUCAUUCAUUUCUUUCUUUCUUUCUUUCUUUCUUUCUUUCUUUCUUUCUUUCUUUCUUUCUUCCACCCUCUUUCCAUUUCUUUCCCUACUUACCUUUUUAAUUCCUUUCUUUCUUUCUUUCAUUCAUUUCUUUCUUUCUUUCUUUCUUUCUUUCUUUCUUUCUUUCUUUCUUCUACCCUCUUCUCAUUCCUUUCCCUAGUUACCGUCUUUCUUUCUUUCUUUCUUUCUUUCUUUCUUUCUUUCUUUCUUUCUUUUCUUUCUUUUUUUCUUCCCUACCCUCUUUAUUUCAUUCCCCUUUCAUUCACCUUUUUUUUUCUUUUCUUUCUUUCUUUCUUUCUUUCUUUUUCUUUCUUUCCUUUCUUUCUUUCUUUCUUUCUUUCUUUCUUCUACCCUCUUUCCAUUUCUUCCCCUACUUACCUUUUUAAUUUCUUUCUUUCUUUCUUUCUUUCUUUCUUUCUUUCUUUCUUUCUCCUCUUUCCUUUCCCUUUCUUUCUUUUUCUUUCUUUCUUUCCAAUCUUUCUUCUCCCCUCAUUCCUUUCCCUACUUACAGUUUUUUCUUUCAUUCAUUUUCUUUCUUUCUUUUCUUUCUUUCUUUCUUUCUUUCUUCCCUUUCCCUUUCCAUUUUCUUCCCCCUUCUUUCUUUCUUUUCUUUUUUCUUCUAAUUUCUUCCCCUUUACCUUUCUUUUUUCUUUCUUUCUUUCUUUCUUUUUUUUCUUUCUUUCUUUCUUCUUCACCCUCUUCCCAUUCCUUUCCCUAGUUACCGUCUUUCUUUCUUUCUUUCUUUCUUUCUUUCUUUCUUUCUUUCUUUCUUUCUUCUACCCUCUUUCCAUUUCUUUCCCUACUUACCUUUCUUUCUUUCUUUCUUUCUUUCUUUCUUUCUUUCUUUCUUUCUUUCGUUACUACCACGCUGUCAAACUACACAUUAACCCUUUUCUUUCCCUCUCUCUGCGAAAGGAACAGACGUCCAGAUGUGUUGCGGUUUCUUUCUAUCUCUGUCCAUUCAUAUCUAUCUAUCUAUCUAUCUAUCUAUCUAUCUAUCUAUCUCAGUCUGUUCAUAUCUAUCUCAGUCUGUUCAUAUCUAUCUAUCUAUCUAUCUAUCUAUCUCAGUCUGUUCAUAUCUAUCUAUCUAUCUAUCUAUCUAUCUAUCUAUCUAUCUACAUGUUGAUAUCAAUCCUUCUAUCUAUGUCUUAUUCUUGA